UUGCCUGUUAAAAAAAAAACAAAACAAUAAUAACAAAACAGCACAAUCGUUAAAUUAAUCGCUUAUAGAGGGACCCUGUGAGGGUCCUGUCAGAGGUAGUGUUCGUCUCUUAUACAUUUAUGGAUCCUGUUUGGGAGCAAUGUAAACAGCUGAACAGCCGAUCCAGCGCAGUCCUGUUUCACCUGAAACGACCCUCUAGUUUGUUUUCAGAAAGCGAACAAGUGCUAACACCAUGAACGAAGUGAAUUAUCUUCAGCAAAACAACACCGAAAGUCGGACUUUAGAAGACAAACUGGAGAUUAAACGCCGCAGCGUUCAUCAGCUGCAGGGUGUUUAUAUACACCAAACAGCUGAUGUCCAGCAGCUGUUGGUGAUUAAAGAAGAGGUUCCCUGGAGCUCCAGUCUGGACCAGAAGGACCCAGAGCCCCUCUGUGUAAAGAAGGAGGAGGAGGAACUCUGCACCAGUCUGGAUAGAGAGCAGCUCUUUGGACAGCAAGAGACAGAUAUCAUUAAUGUUACUGUAAAGAAUGAAGAUGGUGAAUACAAACCUCAGGCCAAAACAGAAACUGAUGGAGAGAACUGUGGAGGACCAGAACCUAACAGGAACUCAGAUCCAAGCUGUUCUUUACAAUCAACUGCUGAUAAAAAGGAUUCUGACUCCUCUGAGACUGAAAUCAGUGAUGAUGAUUAUAACUGGCAGGAUCCUUUGUCAGACUCUGGACCUGAAAUCGACGGCAGUGAUGACGGCUGGAAGGAGAGCAGGACGCCAGAGUCUGAGCAUGGAAGUGAUGUUUGUGUGGAAAAUGUGAAAAGACACGGGAGUGCUCGGAGUGGGGUGAAAUCCUUUAGUUGUGACGUUUGCAAUAAAACAUUUACACGACGAGGAGACCUGAAAAGUCACGUCAGCGUCCACACAGGAGAGAGGCCAUUUCAAUGUGGAUUUUGUGGUAAAAAAUUUAGACAACAGGCAGUUUUGAAGGGUCACAUGAGGAUUCACACAGGAGAAAAACCAUUCUCUUGUGGUGUUUGCGGAAAAAAAUUUACACAUCAGUCUUCUCUCAAAUCACACACCAAAGUCCACACUGGUGAGAAGCCUUUUGAUUGUGGUGUUUGUGGUAGAAAAUUUAGCAGAAAAGCUCAUCUUAGCAUACACAUGACAGACCACACAGGAGAAAAACCGUUCGAGUGUGAAUGUUGUGGUAAAAAAUUCAGCCAGAAAACGCAUUUUAAGGUGCACAUGACAGUUCACACGGGAGAAAAACCGUUUCGUUGUGAUGACUGUGGAAAAAGAUUUCGGCUGGAGCAUAAUCUCAAAAGACACCUGAUGAGCCACAGAGAGGAAAAACCUUUCGGUUGUGAUGUUUGUGGUGAACGAUUUACAGAGCAGGGGAGUCUGAAGCGGCACAGUGGCGUCCACACUGGAGAAAAACCGCACGUGUGUGACGACUGUGGUAAAAUGUUUAGUCGCGUUACACAUCUUCAGAGGCACAAGAUCGUCCACACGGGAGAGAAACCCUUCGAGUGUGGAUUUUGUGGUCGGAAAUUUAGCCAAAACACGCAUUUUAAAAGACACAUGAGAGUCCACACUGGAGAGAAACCUUUUUCCUGUGAUGCUUGUGGACAAAGAUUCAGCCAACAGAAUAGUUUGAAAAGACACAGCAUCGUCCACACUGGAGAGAGGCCGUUCAGCUGUGGGGUCUGUGGCGAAAGAUUCACCCGGCAGGGAAACAUGAAGAGACACAUGAGAUUCCACAGACAGUAGCGGCAUCUGUGCUGAGAAAAUGUUUAUAUCCAUUUUGUUGUUAACCACAACGUCUUUAUUUAUAUAGCACUUUUCAUACAUGAAGCAGCUGUACAAAGAAAACUGAGGUUGCCAUGCCAACAAGGGAAAAUGAUAUGACAAUUAAAAACACCCAAACCAAACAGUGAAAGUGGAAAUAAGUAAAUAAAUUAAUAAAAUCAGAGUAAAACAAUUAAUCAUCUAAAACUGAGCAGGUUCAAAAGUUCAUAGCAGAUAAAUACA